AGCAAAGUGAUGUUGCAGUAACAUUUGCAUUCCCCUCACUUACCAGCUAAUGAUUCACCCCCUACAGGGCUGGUAAUCUUGUUUCCCCCCAGGCAACAUUCUUUCCCAACUCCUUUGUUGCUACAGCUGUUACGCUUUACUAGCCAUGAUUGGCUGCUUUCUUUCUCCCCCAGGCUAAUAUAGUGAUUCUCCCCAUUAGAUUGACAGGUGACAUAACCCUUGACCUUUGACAUGGAAGUUGACAUCAUCUUGUAGCAUCCUGUCUCUUUGUCUAGCAUUUUGUCUAGUUGGUGCUUUAUAGUUUUCUUUCUCUCUAUUAGAUAACUUUCUUAUAACAUGGCUAAUGUAGUGGCAGCUUUAUGCCAGCUUUGCUUUGGUGCUAAUGAAGAAGAACAGCCUCCUGGCAAUAAGUAUGUUGUGGAGGAAAAUACAAUCCAGAGGGACCAGAUUGAGGAGCGACCAAGGGGUGGUCGUGAAAGUCAGCAUCAAGGUCAGGAGGGAGAGGGUGAUCCCACGCCCAUAGAAGAUCCAGAUCCCAUCCAAGAUGUAGUAGUCGAUCCAGCCGUUAGUUAUGAUGACAGUCUAUCAGGAAUCUGUACCAGGCUCUGGGAAUUGGACACAAACAGACUACAGCCUGGCAGGGACUAUGAGAUUGAUACCCAGGGCCGUGCCAGGUAUGUGGAGAAAGGAGAGACCCCACGGGACAUGGCCAGAGACCCCCUAUUUUCCUGGGUUGAUGAAGAUAAAGUCAACAGUAUACCUACAUUCAAAGCUUUCAUCUCUCUGCUAGAUAACUACUCCGAGAAAGUGGGGACAUCAGAGGAGGUGACUGCUGAAGAGGAGGAGGAGAACUGGACCUUCCUGAACGCCUGUCUGGAGACAGAUGUCUUACAGGAGGCACACAAGUACCUUGCUGGGAAAGAUCUAGUACCAGAAGAUGAAGAGGGCUUCAAGCAAAGGCUGUAUGAUCUGUGGUUCAAGCUGUACUCCAGAACAAGGGGAAGGAUGGAUUCCUCUGGAUUUGAACACGUGUUUGUGGGAGAAACCAGAGGCAGGAAUAAGGAAGUGACUGGCCUACACAACUGGGUCCAGUUCUACCUUCAAGAGAAGAAAGGAAGUAUUGACUACACUGGCUUCAAAAGCAGGGGUACAGACAACUAUGAUCAGCUGAUCACCAUCCAGUUUACCUGG